UUGGGGCGGCAUGUUGCGGUCCGGCCUUUUUCGCUCCGGGAUGCGGCGGAGUUGGGCUUUGAGACAGUGCGUUUCGGAGGCUCGGUUCCCCGGGAAACGGUGGCUGGUGGCUGGCCUGGGGAACCAUGGAAUGCCUGGCACACGGCACAGCGUGGGCAUGGCGGUGCUGGGACAAAUAGCGCGGCGACUAGGAGUGGCGGAGAGCUGGGCUCGUGACUCUCGCUGCGCUGCUGACCUCGCCUUGGCCCCGUUUGGGGAUGCCCAGCUGGUACUGCUUCGGCCACGGCGCCUCAUGAAUGUCAACGGGCGCAGCGUGGCCCAAGCUGCGGAGCUGUUUGGACUGACUGCAGAGGAGAUCUAUCUGGUGCAUGAUGAACUUGACAAGCCUCUGGGAAAGCUGGCUCUGAAGCUAGGGGGCAGCGCAAGGGGCCACAAUGGAGUCCGUUCCUGCAUUAGCUGUCUGAACUCCAGUGCAAUGCUGAGGCUUCGGGUAGGCAUCGGGCGCCCCACACACCCUAGUAUGGUGCAAGCCCACGUCCUGGGCUGCUUCUCCCCUGAGGAGCAGGAGCUACUGUCCCCCUUGCUGGAUCAGGCCACCGACCUGCUUCUGGACCACAUCCGUGCUCGAAGCCAGGGGCCACCAUCGAGCCUCUGAGACCAGUGGACAUAUCUGCCUG